UGUUACUGUUAGUGCUACCGUUAAUUUUUCAAUCUGUCACAUCCGCUAUAGAUGGUUCAGUCUAUGAGACCUUUCUAGGGUGUAUGUCGAAACGAAACUCCUCAGAUCAUGUCUCAUCGUUAAUCUACAACCCAAAAAAUUCAUCAUACUCGUCAACAUUACAAGCCUACAUCCGAAAUAAAAGGUUCAACACAUCAUCAACUCUAAAACCCGUAAUCAUAGUGACCCCGUUACACGUACCCCAUGUCCAGUCAACUAUCCUAUGCACCAAAAACAUGGGUAUGAACCUCAGAAUUCGUAGCGGUGGUCACGAUUUUGAAGGACUGUCUUAUGUAUCCGACAUUAACUUUCUUCUACUUGACAUGUCGAACCUUCAGUCGAUUAACGUCAACAUCGAGGACGAAACAGCAACGGUUCAAGUAGGCGCCACCAUCGGAGAGCUUUACUACAACAUAUGGAACAAAAGCAAAGUGCACGCAUUCCCGGCUGGCGUAUGCCCCACCGUCGGAAUUGGGGGACAUAUAAGUGGAGGCGGGUACGGUGUUUUAAUGCGAAAAUACGGGUUAACCGUUGAUAACAUCAUCGAUGCGACCAUAGUUGACGUUAACGCUCGGGUUUUGACCCGAAAAUCAAUGGGAGAAGAUCUAUUUUGGGCCAUCCGAGGAGGAGGAGGGGCAAGCUUUGGAGUUGUCAUCUCUUACAAACUACACCUUGUUCGAGUCCCCGAAACUGUCACCGUUUUUCGAGUAUCGAAAACCUUCCAACAAAACGAUACUGACAUCGUAUACAGCUGGCAACACGUAGCCGACAAGAUUGACAGAGAUCUAUUCAUUAGAUUAAACCUUAAACCCGACAACACCAAAAACACAAUCCAUGCAUCUUUCACAGCCUUUUUCCUAGGAAACUCCGAACGUCUUGUUAAUGUAAUGAACUCAGGGUUUCCCGAACUCGGUAUACAAAUAUCCGAUUGCAAGAUGAUGAGUUGGAUCGAAUCCGAGCUGUUCUGGUCGAGCAAUGUUAACAAUCCAGUGGAGAUCUUACUGGAAAGAAAGUAUUCACCAAAAUUCUCAAAAAGAAAGUCAGAUUACAUGCAAACCCUAAUUCCUAGAAAUGGGUUUGAAUCUUUAUGGAAAAAGAUGGUGGAACUAAAGGUGGUGGAGCUGGUGUUCAACCCGUAUGGUGGGCGAAUGAGCGAGAUUGGAGAGUCGGAGACUCCGUUUCCGCAUCGAGCUGGAAACAUUUUCAAGAUUCAGUAUAGUGUUAACUGGGAUAAAGAAGGAGCAGAAGCUGAAGAAUAUUAUGUUAAUCAAAGUAGGGUUUUAUAUGAGUUCAUGACUCCGUUUGUGUCGAAGAAUCUUAGAGGGGCAUAUUUGAACUAUAGGGAUCUUGAUAUUGGUACUAGUUUUGUGGGGAAUAAUAGUUAUGAAGAUGCUAAAGUUUAUGGAGAAAAGUAUUUCAAGGGGAAUUUUGAUCGGUUGGUUAAAGUGAAGACGACGGUGGAUCGUGAUAAUUUCUUUACAAAUGAACAAAGUAUUCCUACUCUAUGAAGGAGAAGAAGAAUAUGAUGAAGUAGAUGCAAAUGUUUGGAAUAAUAAUAAACACCCAAUGAUAAUCCUUAUUAUUCCUUUAAUGAUAGUUAGGGAUUGUUACUUGUUAAUCAUACUUAAUAACUAAAAUCAUACUUUUUUUUUUAA